AUGCGGAAACAGAAGGCCUUACAAAUGGUCCAUUCGCAACGCCUUAUGAAGCCCCUGACGAGGUCAGAGACAGCGCAUGACAGUUUCCCUCUGGAACAAGACACAGUGCGCGUACCGAGCUGCCUUGGCUUCAGUAUCGCCAGUGAUGAAAAGCAGGAAGGUCCAACCUUUAAUUACGCGCGACUCUUUACAUGGUGGCAUGUUGCGAAUGUUAUCCAUGAUGCAUUUGAGAAGACGGUGGCGAAUCUCGACCAGGAGCGGAUCGGGAGCGCCGACUUGAAGUACGAGGAGCUCGGAGUCAAAGGUGAUGUUCUGAUUGUGUCGCAAUACUGCGGUCUCGCUGGUCUCGCUGAAAACUGUGGGACGAGAAUCGUUCCUCGCCAUGUCAACGAAUAUCGACAGUGGGACCAGCUUGACACGUCGUUCUACCAUCGAAUUAUCAUUGCAAUCCUUAUGGCCGGUUUCGUGUAGUGGGGAACAACGGGUGCCGCAAUUACAAUAUCCUACUUGACUGAGGCGCGAGGGCUUGGCUGUCGCUCUGGCAGCUAUGUGUUACAUGGCGGCAUCGGCACACUAUCAUUCAUUCUGCUAUUUUCAUCGACCUUCUUCUCGC